AUGACGAACCAACCACAGACCCUCAACUCGAACAUGAUUCUCCCUCAACUCAACGCAGAUGACUCCCUCGAAGGUUGGCCCGCCUCUCUAAAGGACCUCUACACCUUCGACCCUUCAACAAGCACCUGGGUACCCCGUACGCCCACAACGCACCCGCUAAUCGACCCGGUACCCGUAAACUCCUUGGCCGUCGCGACAUGGAACGUCAACUUCAUGCCAGCUUAUGAGCGGUCGCGUCUCAGGGCUGCUCUGGAUCAUCUGCAGACGCUCAUCUCCCCGCUCGCUGUGCCGUGCAUGGUGCUCAUACAGGAGAUGCAUUUUAAUUGCUUCAGCGCGCUCCUCCAGCAUCCCUGGGUUAGGGAGCAGUAUGAUCUGACGGACGUGUCGCCACGCACAUGGGAGAACUUUGGGUCCAAUUACGGGACUGUUACGCUCGUACCGCGCGCGUGGGCUGGGAACACGGUAUCGGUGUUCAGGACGAAGUUUAAAGGGAGCAGGAUGAGCAGGGAGGCGCUUUUCGUUGAUUUGGUCGUUCCUGUAGAAGACACCGGCGCCCUUGUGCAGCCCGAAGAACCAGAGCCCGAACCGAAGAUCAUCCGUAUCGCCAACGUCCACCUCGAAUCGCUCCGUGGCCAGGGAGACCCCGCGCGCAUCAGGCAGCUCAAAUCCGUCGCAGCCUUCCUCUCUGCACCGAAGAUAUAUGCUGGGCUGGUGGGAGGCGAUAUGAACCCCAUCGCGCCGACUGACGCUCGUUUACGGAGCGAUUUGGUCUUCGGGAUGCCUGGAUUGAGUGCCAUGAGCCCGUGUCUACGUCGAAAACAGAAGUAG